AUGGGGGGCGAGCGGCAGCAUUACUACGGGAAGCACGGAACACCACAGAAGUAUGACCCCACCUUCAAAGGACCCAUUUACAACAGAGGCUGCACAGACGUCAUUUGCUGUGUGUUCCUCCUCCUGGCCAUUGUGGGCUAUGUGGCUGUAGGCAUCAUAGCUUGGACUCACGGGGACCCUCGAAAAGUGAUCUACCCCACUGAUAGCCGAGGCGAGUUCUGCGGGCAGAAGGGCACGAAAAAUGAGAACAAACCCUUCCUGUUUUAUUUCAACAUUGUGAAGUGUGCCAGCCCCCUGGUCCUGCUGGAAUUCCAGUGUCCCACCCCCCAGAUCUGCGUGGAGAAAUGUCCUGACCGUUACCUCACCUACCUGAACGCUCACAGAUCCCAGGACUUUGAGUACUACAAGCAGUUCUGUGUGCCUGGCUUCCAGAACAACAAGGGUGUGACUGAGGUCCUCCGAGAUGGCGACUGCCCCGCCGUCCUCACCCCCAGCAAACCCUUGGCCCAGCGGUGCUUCCCAGACAUCCACAGCCACAAGGGGGUCCUCAUGGUGGGCAACGAGACAACCUAUGAGGAUGGGCAUGGCUCUCGGAAAAACAUCACAGAGCUGGUGGAAGGCGCCAAGAAGGCCAAUGGAGUCCUGGAGGCCCGGCAGCUGGCCAUGCGGAUAUUUGAAGAUUAUACAGUCUCCUGGUACUGGAUUAUCAUAGGCCUGGUCAUCGCCAUGGUAUUGAGCCUCCUGUUCAUCGUCCUGCUCCGCUUCUUGGCUGGCAUUAUGGUCUGGGUGAUGAUUGUCAUGGUGAUUUUGGUCCUAGGCUACGGCAUAUUUCAUUGCUACAUGGAGUACGCUCGACUGCGUGGCGAGGCCGGCUCUGACAUCUCCCUGGUGGACCUUGGCUUCCAGACGGACCUCCGCGUGUACCUGCACUUGCGGCAGACCUGGAUGGCCUUCAUGAUCAUUCUGAGCAUCCUCGAGGUUAUUAUCAUCUUACUGCUCAUCUUUCUACGGAAGAGAAUUCUCAUUGCCAUUGCACUCAUUAAAGAAGCCAGCAGGGCUGUGGGAUACGUGAUGUGCUCCUUGCUGUACCCACUGGUCACCUUCUUCCUGCUGUGCCUUUGCAUCGCCUACUGGGCUAGCACCGCUAUCUUUCUGUCCACUUCCAACGAAGCUGUCUAUAAGAUCUUCAAUGACACCGCUUGCUCAGUUGCUGGGAAAACCUGCAACCCCGAGACCUUCCCUUCCUCCAAUGAAUCCCGCCUGUGCCCUGGAGCCCACUGCCAGUUCGCCUUCUACGGUGGUGAGUCGACUUACCACCGGGCCCUGCUGGGCCUGCAGAUCUUCAAUGCCUUCAUGUUCUUCUGGCUGGCCAACUUCGUGCUGGCGCUGGGCCAGGUCACGCUAGCUGGCGCCUUCGCCUCCUACUACUGGGCCCUGAACAAGCCGGAUGACCUGCCUGCCUUCCCACUCUUCUCUGCCUUCGGCCGGGCGCUCAGGUAUCACACAGGCUCUCUGGCCUUCGGCUCCCUCAUUCUGGCCAUCGUGCAGGUCAUCCGAGUGAUACUCGAGUACUUGGAUCAGCGCCUGAAAGCUGCAGAGAACAAAUUUGCAAAGUUCCUCAUGACCUGUCUCAAAUGCUGCUUCUGGUGCCUGGAGAAAUUCAUCAGAUUCCUCAACAGGAAUGCCUACAUCAUGAUUGCCAUCUACGGCACCAACUUCUGCACCUCAGCCAGAAACGCCUUCUUCCUCCUCAUGAGAAACAUCAUCAGGGUGGCUGUCCUGGACAAAGUUACCGACUUCCUCCUCCUGUUGGGCAAACUUUUGAUCGUGGGUAGUGUGGGGAUCCUGGCUUUCUUUUUCUUCACCCACCGAAUCAGGAUCGUGCAGGACACAGCACCACCCCUCAAUUAUUACUGGGUCCCUAUACUGACGGUGAUCAUCGGCUCCUAUCUGAUUGCCCACGGCUUCUUCAGCGUCUACGGCAUGUGUGUGGACACACUAUUCCUCUGUUUCUUGGAGGACCUGGAGAGGAACGAUGGCACCGCUGAGAGGCCUUACUUCAUGUCUCUCACCCUCAAGAAGCUUUUGAACAAGACCAACAAGAAGCCAGUGGAGUCCUAA